AUGGAAUAUGAUUCAGAUCAAUCUGAGUCUGUGCAGUGUAAUGAGGGGGCAGAAUAUGAAGUAGAGUUAGGUAGUGACAUGGAGUUGGAAGAUGAUGAGGAUGAAGGGCUUUCAAAUGAGUGUAAUGAGUUUAGACAGUUUGUUGAUGAUGCCAAUAAAUCGUUAUACCCGGGUUGUGAUAGGCACACAAAGUUGAAUGUCCUUGUAAGACUUUACAACUUGAAAGCCAAGCAUGGUAUGAGUUAUAGUGCUUACUCUAAUUGGUUGAUUGCCUUUGCAGAGUUUCUUCCAGUAGGCAAUGAGAUACCUGCCUCUGUGUAUAACACAAAGAAGACCUUGAGUGCUCUAGGAAUGGAUUACACUAAAAUUUAUGCUUGCCCAAAUGAUUGUAUUCUGUAUAGAAAAGAGUAUGUUGAUGAAACUAAAUGCCCUAGAUGCGGUCUUUCAAGGUGGAAAAUAGGUAAAAACUUCAAAGAGAGGGAUGGUGUACCUGCAAAGGUACUAUGGUACUUUCCCCCUAUUCCUAGAUUCAAAAAAAUGUUUCAAUCAAGUGAAACUUGUAAGAGUCUGACUUGGCAUGCUACUGAUAGAAAACAUGACGGCUUGAUGCGUCAUCUGGCAGAUGUAGCUUCAUGGAAGUUAGUAGAUGAAAAAUGGUCGGACUUUGGUUCUGACCCUAGAAACCUUAGACUUGCAUUGUCAUCAGAUGGGUUCAAUCCCCAUAGUUCAUUAAGUAGCAAGUAUAGUUCUUGGCCAGUAAUUCUUGUGACCUACAAUCUGCCUCCAUGUUUAAUAAUGAAGAGGAAACAUAUGAUGUUAAUAUUAUUGAUAUCAGGGCCAAAACAACCAGGAAAUGACAUCGAUGUCUACUUGGAACCUUUAAUAGAUGACUUAAAAUUGUUGUGGGAAGGAGUUAGGGGAGUUUAUGAUGCAAGACAAAAUGAAUACUUUACUCUUAGGGGUUUACUAUUUUGGACAAUAAAUGAUUUUCCAGCUUAUGGUAACCUUUCUGGGAGUAUUGUUAAGAGGUAUAAUGCAUGCCCUAUUUGCCUUGAAAAAACAAAACCUACAAGGCUAGUUAAUGGAGGGAAAAUGGCAUACAUUGGGCAUCGAAGAUUUUUAGGCAGAAACCAUCCCUAUCGAAAGCAGAAUGCUGCCUUCAACAACUUCCUUGAGCAUUCACCUCCUCCUGUGCCUUUGACAUGUGAAGAAGUAUUGUGUAGGGUAGAGGAGGAAGUUGAAAAGUGGCCUUUUGGGAAGAAAUAUCCUCAUCCUCCAUAUAAGGGUGCCGAGGAUGAAACCAGGCCUUGUUGGAAGAAAAAGUCUAUAUUUUUUGAACUUGCUUAUUGGAAAUUUCUAUCGGUUCCUGAAGACUAUUCUUCCAACAUAUCAAAUCUAGUUUCCAUGGAUGAUUUAAGGCUUAGUGGACUUAAAUCCCAUGAUUGUCAUGCUUUAAUGCAGCAACUCCUCUCUAUUGCCAUCCGAGAUGUGCUUGAAAAGCCGGUAUGUAAAGGAUAUGUUCGCAAUAGAAAUCGGCCAGAAGGUUGUAUUGCCGGGUGUUAUAUUGCUGAAGAGGCGGUUGAAUUUAUAGCAGAAAGUUUUUUCAAUGAUACUACUGUUGGCAUCCCAACUGCCCCAAACAGAGAAGACAAGCCGACCUCAGGAGCUACUGUUGUCAGUGUCUAUGGCAAGUUAUUUGACCAAGCUCAUCUCUGUGUGCUUCAAAACACAGAUGAAAUCAGAAGCUACUUUAGUGAACACAUGGAAUAUUUGAAGAAUAAGUUUCCAAGAUUCAAAAAUAAUAAAAAGUGGCCUACGGACAAGCAAAACAAAACAUUUGCUGAUUGGUUGAAGGUGAGGGUAAAUGUUUUCAUUGCUGGUCAACUCAGUGAACCAAGUUGUGACAUUCCCGAGAUUGUGAGGUGGCUUGCAGAUAAACCAAGCAAUGAAGUUCCAAAGUUUAGUGGUUACAAAAUAAGGGGAGUUCAGUAUAACACAAAGGCUCGUGAUGAUCUUCGAUCGACGCAAAACAGUGGUGUAUACUUGCUUGCUGAGACAUCACAAGUUGCAAGUGCUAGGGGUAAAGGGCUGGUUACUGAUGACAUGAGCUUCUAUGGGGUGAUCAAUGAAAUAUUGGAGCUCGACUAUGAAAAAUUUAGGAUCCCUAUAUUUAAGUGUGAUUGGGUAGAGAAUGGAAGGUGA